CCCGCCGGGGUCGCUGCGCGGUGACGCAGCAGGAGGAGCUGAGGCGGCGCUUCCCGCCCUUCCUCCUCCUCCUCCUCCGCGCCCGCCGGACGGGGACAGAGCGGCGGAGCCGGGGCCCCUCAGCCGCUGCCGGGGCCCGGAGGAGCAGCCGAGCUGCCUCCGGCCAUGGUGGCCCGCUCGUCGCCGGCGGGGCAGGAGCAGGCGCGGCGGCGGCGGCCGCCAUUGCUCGCGGGGGCCGCGGUACUAUGAAGGAUGGAAGCGGACGAGGUUUCGAUCCGGGAGCAGAACUUCCACAGCCAAGUGCGGGAGUACACGAUCUGUUUUCUCCUGUUUGCUGUUCUCUACAUAGUUUCCUACUUUAUAAUCACAAGAUACAAAAGGAAAGCAGAUGAGCAAGAGGAUGAGGAUGCCAUCGUUAACAGAAUAUCGCUGUUCUUGAGCACCUUCACUCUAGCAGUUUCAGCUGGUGCAGUCCUGCUUCUACCUUUCUCAAUAAUCAGCAAUGAGAUCCUGCUUUCUUUUCCACAAAACUACUAUAUUCAGUGGUUAAAUGGCUCACUAAUUCAUGGUUUGUGGAAUCUUGCCUCUCUUUUUUCAAAUCUGUGUUUGUUUGUGUUGAUGCCCUUUGCAUUUUUCUUCCUGGAAUCAGAAGGAUUUGCUGGCUUAAAAAAGGGCAUCAGAGCACGGAUUUUGGAAACCCUUGUAAUGCUCAUUCUUCUUGCACUGCUUAUCCUUGGAAUCGUAUGGGUGGCUUCAGCACUCAUAGACAAUGAUGCUGCCAGUAUGGAGUCUUUAUAUGACCUCUGGGAAUUCUACCUCCCGUAUUUAUAUUCCUGUAUAUCACUCAUGGGAUGUUUGUUACUUCUGUUGUGCACGCCAGUGGGGCUCUCGCGGAUGUUUACAGUGAUGGGGCAGUUGCUGGUGAAGCCAACAAUCCUGGAAGACUUAGAUGAGCAGAUGUAUAUCAUCACUUUGGAGGAAGAAGCAAUUCAGAGGAAGCUUAAUGGUGUAUCUUCCACAGUGGAAUACCAGACAGUAGAGUUGGAACGUGAGCUUGAAAAAGUGAAAAGCAAGAAAACAAAUCUAGAACGGAGGAAAAAAGCUUCUGCUUGGGAAAGGAAUUUAGUUUAUCCAGCUGUCAUGAUAUUGCUCCUGAUUCAGACACUUUUUUCAGUUCUUUUAGUCGCUUUCAACAUUCUGUACCUGUUGGUCGACGAGACUGCAAUGCCAAAGGGAUCAGGGGGACCUGGAAUAGGAAAUGCCUCCUUAUCCACCUUUGGCUUUGUGGGAGCAGCACUUGAAAUCAUUUUGAUUUUCUAUCUAAUGGUAUCUUCUGUCGUCGGCUUCUACAGUCUUCGUUUUUUUGAGAAUUUCACUCCCAGGAAGGAUGACACAACUAUGACAAAGAUAAUUGGAAACUGUGUCUCAAUCUUGGUGCUGAGCUCCGCUUUGCCAGUGAUGUCAAGGACACUGGGAAUCACCAGAUUUGAUCUCCUUGGAGACUUUGGAAGGUUCAACUGGCUGGGAAACUUCUAUAUUGUGUUAUCUUACAACUUGCUCUUUGCUAUCAUGACAACGUUGUGUCUGGUCAGAAAGUUCACUUCUGCUGUGCGAGAGGAACUCCUGAAGGCAUUAGGAUUAGAUAAACUUCAUCUAUCAAACAAUCCAAGAGACUCGGAGACAAAGCCUUCUGCAAAUGGCCAUCAGAAAACACUGUGAGAACAAUCACCUGCAAUCAACAGAGCUGAAAACAUCAACCUCAUGGCAUUCCUGUCAUCUCAUCAGCAUUUUUAUACUGCUUUUAGUUGUUAGUUUUGUUUGAGCCUUGUCUCAUUUUGAUGCUAUGUGCUUCUGAGGAAGUUAGGUCUGUCAGAUUCUUCUCUUUCCAGUGAAGUUUUGGUCUGCUUGUUUAUUUCCCAGUAAGUUAAUGCAGGAGGUGCCUUGAAGACUGGAAGCUGAAGAGAAAAAUGCAUUCCUUUUUAUUUGUUGAAAGUCUCACAUCUUUAUUUUUAAACUUGCUACCAUUUGAAUGCACAGUACCUCCUGUGUUAUACAAACACAGCUAUAAAGAAUAACUUUGGGACUUGAUUAAAAAAAAAAAGAAGAAAACAUACACUUGAAGGCCAAUAUGACCCUUGCUGGAAAUGUAAAGUACCUGGAGUAGGUAUUACAGAGCUUUCUCAAAGGCCAGUGUUUUCAGCUCUCUGUCCUUAGCUCUCAAUGCCAGCUUGCUUUACUGGUGGUCAAACAAUGUCUUACAGGAGUCCAAGAUGAAGAUUAACUUCAGUGUUAAAUCUGAGCCUAGUAUGCUUUGUAAAAAGCUGUGUACACCCCUUGGCACAGCUCUCACAGCUCUGUGAGCUGUUGUGCCGUGGAGGUCCCUUCCCCUCCUCAGUACCCCCUGUGAAAUUGUUGAUGAACUACUGUGUGUAAGCAGAACCUGGAAUCAAUGCAAGGAGCACAGGCCUAGAAGGCUGCAGUUGCAGUUUUCUACAAUCUUUAAUUUGAAGUAAAUUUCUCUGAAUUUAUACUUCAGUUAUCAGGAUUUCUGUUCGGUGGCAUAAUCCAGUUAUCUGUCACUAGCCUGUUUUUUAUUGUACACAUGAACAUGUAUAUAGGCCUAUAUGUGUAGAUAUGGUAAAUUAAAUUCUAAGGUUAUAGAGAUGACAAUAGGUGGUUUGGUAAGUGAAACUUGUGUGUUCAGUCUCGGUAGUUUGAAUUUCUGAAGUGUUACAAUUUAACUGCUCAGAGGCCUUAGAUUCGAGAAGGCAUCAGUGGGUGAUAAUGUCCUUUUUUGUAGCAUUUCCUUGCAGCCUUAGGAGUUAAGCAGUUUAUAGUAAAGAAAAUACCAAGUAAGUAUUCAAAAUCUGGUUGCACUUUUGGCUUGCUUGGCCACAAGUAAUCUUCAAACAGACUGGAAUGGGGACGCCUUCAGUGAGUGUCCAUCAUGUAGAGAGCCAGAAAAUUUUCCUGUUCAUUUCCCAUUUCUGUAAAACAAACCUGCCUGUCUGUAGUUUGAGGUCUUAUAUUAGUUGGUGACAGCUGGGUUUCCAGUGUGGUUCCAAAAUAAGGUAAACCUUGUGUCAGAAACUCUUCAGCUCUUCUACUGAGAUGUCUGCUCUGGGCUGUAGACAUUACUGCUGUGUGUGUGAAUGACUGCUUGUUUUUUCCCCCUGAAGUGCUUCAAAAAUCAAGCUCCAGUACACAUGAGGAUUCAUCUUUUUUGCAGCUGCCUUUUCUGACUUGAACUGGGGCAUAAUGUAAAUAUUUCUGUAGUAAAUAUGAUGCUAGAAAACUACUUCUUUUUGAUGUGUGUGAUUAGUAUAAAUUCAAGGUUUAUUGAACUGACUAUUGAUGUGUUGUAUCAAGUCUUGGAAGAAGAAGUAAAAUUACUUGAUUUCACUAAGAUUUACAAGUAUCUUUUCUCUUAAUGCUUUUCUCUUUAAUGCUGACACUUUAGCGAGAAAUCUUUAUCGGAGUCAAAGUUCUGCAACCAAUAACAGAGAGCUAUAAUUAAAGUUGUUCUAAAAUGAGUUUAUAUUUAAAAUAUUGGGAGAUAUAUUAUUAGGGGCAUCAGUCAGGUAUUGUCAGAGCUUGUAGCCUUAUGUGUUGGCAUUAUAGUUAAAAACCGAAAUAUGUCCACUUUUUCAUGCAAGUCAUUGUAUGACCAAAAUUGUCCUCAUGUCUUAAUGGGGCUGCUGAAUUGUGGUGUGUGAGGCCAGUUAGCUUUACAGAAAUAUUUCUGUUACAAUGCUAAGACAGUUAAUACACUCUGAAGAAAUUAAUAUUAGGAAUAAACCUAGGAGUAUUAACCAGCAUAGCUGUUGCUCUUCGUGCCUUUGGAGAGAUGUUUAUUGUGGCAUCAGUGACCCAAGAACACAGAAAAAGGUGGAUUAUAAUGUGUGUGUGGCUUCUGCAAGUGAGUUGGGCAAUAACGUCAACUGAGCAGGGGCAGUUCCUGCCAAGAAGCACCCAAGCUUCAGGCAAGGCUUCAAAACUCUUUUUCAAAACAAAUGUUAGAGCGUCGACUGUCCCCACCCCUUCUGCUGGAUUCUGCAGGCAGAUGUGUGGAUUAAGGCCAUGUUAGGGAAGACUUUACACUGGAUUCUGUGGGAUGGUUGAAGUGCUGUGUGAUUUCCAGGAAGGGUGAGAAAUUCAGAACCACCCCAUGCAACUACUGACAGUGUUUUGUUUUAAAAUCAACUGCUGUUGUUGUGACACUGUCUACAUUAAAAUACGCCUUUGGCCUUGAAAAUGACAUGCUUAUGCAAAGCUUUGUCACUGCAUGCAAGAUACAGGUCACUGUAUACUUUUCACAGAAGCAUAUGGUCACUUAAGUACAAGCAACUGGUAAUUCAUUAAUGGAUAUUGACAAUACAUUCCUAGUAUUUUGACUCAUGUAGAGUCAGGUGGUCUAUACCUUCAAGGUAUAUACAGCUGAUCUUAGUAACAUUAACAUCUGCCUCACUUCUUACGAGGCAAAAAGCACAUCAAUGCUUCCAUCUUCAACUAGAUACCACACAAGACCAAAAAAUAGAUGUAAACUGAGUGUUUUAAGUUAGCUGUUUUUUGGCUUUUUUUCCGUGUUGGUAGCACAAUAUUAAAUGCAAUUGCAGAAUUGUAUUAUAUGUCAGGUUUUUAAGCAUAAAGCACACAUGCUUAUCACUUUAAGCUGAAAAAUAAUAGUAUUGGUUACUGUACAGGUUACAGUUUUGCAUUCAUAGGGAGCUUUGUUUACUGUCUGUAAUGUGCUGUUUAUCUUUGCCCCUGUUCUUCCAAUACCUUUGACCCUGUUGGCUGUUUCAGUGUCGUAGAAAUUAAAAGAUUUGACAAGUUGUUUUCCUUGUCUGGUUCCCAAGUACCACCUGGAGCACCAAUGGAGGGAGAGCUGGGCUGUCCAUGCAGACAGGAGAUCCUGCAGCAGGUGCUUGGCAGGAUGGGCAUGGGAGCAGAUCCUGGGGACGUGUCCUCCCGUGUGUCACCAGGAGUGGCACAUCCUCCCCUGUGUCACCAGGAGUGACAGGUGCCAAUGGGCUGCAGCCCCUGUCCAUCCCCCUACAUCUCUGCCACUCACCCUUGAGUCUGUGCAGCAGCUGAUGCUACUGGAAAUGCUCACGUGUGCCCAGUGCUGUGUAGUGAAGACAUGAUGGCUCUUUUCUUAAAGAAUUUACAGUCUAAAUUAGAAAGGAAUAAGAUAGAAACAGAAAGUGGUUGGCCUCUUCCUGCGUGUGGCUUUCCUUGAGUUCUUGAAGCAUGCUCUAGGUUAUUUCCCACCUCUUCUUCCUCUUCCAGAAGUGGGGUGGUGGUGUAUGUACCAUCCCAGGUAGUCUUACCCUUAGUGCACUGGGGUCUAAAAUUUUGAAAUGACAAAUACAGGAAAACAGCUAAAUCCUGUUCUGUGUAUUUUCUGAUCUUGAAAAUAGCACUUCUUUAAAUCAAGGUGAAAUAAUCUAGAGAUGGGACAUUAAGGCCACAUAAAUAACCUCUUCAAAAAGAAAUGUGCUUAGUUUUGUGUAAGAAAAGUGUUGAUGUGAACUGUGAAGCUUUAAUGGCUUUAAUGAAAUAAGAUUCCCUACCUCCUAGUACUGGGAUUUUUGUUGUUGUUUUAGUGCUGAGUUGAGACAAUGUUACCUAUAGUGACUUCCCUGCCCAACCCAUGAACACUGAAUUUGCUAUUGGUAAACUGGCAGGUUAUUUCAGUCACAUUGUCAGGAUUUGAACUUUACAAAAAUGCUAUUUUUGAAUUCAUCCCAUUCAGCAGGCGCAUACUAAGGCCACAGCCACCAGCCACAUGGUGAUACAACUUCUGCCCCCUUUUCUACAUUGCCCCCUUGAGAUAGACAAAACAUGAAAUAGCAGAAGAAUCCACAUAGAUUUGAUUUAUGCACUGAAAGAAAACAUACCAAAAGGCAACUUUAUAAUGGAAGGCUUUUGAAAUAUUUCACAACUGAAGCACCUAAAACUCUUCUUUCAAUGAGAAAGAAGAUAUGUGUAUCAUUAGUAUACAAAUGUCAAUUGCUGUUCUCAAAAUAAGCCAGUAAUUCACUGACACUGAAAAAAAAAUUCAUCACAUCUUAAAAUCUCUCUUGUGAUUCACAGUGAAACAGUAUCUUGGACUUUUACAGAAGCCUGUGAGCUUCUGAAGGUAUCUCUGUCUUGGCAACAGAAACCUGAGGAUGCUUGUUAGUUUUGUGUUAAUUAUAAUAUUUUAUCUGUAACUUCUUAGUUUCAUUUAUUGCUCAUAAUUUUUUAUUAUACAUAACAUUAAAUGUUUUAACAAAUAUAGAAGGUGACUCCAAACAGUCAAAGAGAUGGUAUGAGAAAUAUCCUAUAAAUGCUGAUAUUCUUGACAUACUGAAUUCCAAGCUAUUUAGAAACUCUAUCUGUAUGAAGGCCUUACAUCAACGUAGAAAUCAGGAAAUCCUAAUUCUUAAAGGCUUUUAGGUAUCUGAGUGUUGAUAUGUACCCACUUGAGCACUUUGGAAUGCUGCUUCUAGAUGUUUGUUGAUCACUAACCCCACGGGUUGCUGUUGCUUUUCUCCCCACCCCCAUUACUUUAAGUUUUAUAGUCAGCAUCACUGGAUGAAGCUCCUUUCCUGAACAGGGCUUUAUUUUGCAUUCCUCAUCUAUUCCCUGCUUCCAUAGAUACCAGCUAUUGAAGUGUUGGGCACAUGCUUUGAUUUUAAUGUGUCUCUUUUCCCUCGUAGCCUGUACAGAGGCAUUCCCUAGUUAGAACUGUUCUUCCACUACAAAAAUAUUCACUUUAUUCAUUUUUUUUUUACCACUAGACUCCAUUGAAGUAAGACUGUCACUAGAGGGUCCUCUAACAAAUUACCAAGAGCUCAAAUCAGUUUGAGUCAUGAGUGAGAGGGUUUAGUCAUUGCAUAUAUUUGUGCUUUUAGCUUUCAGUGGGAUAAGGAUACAGCCCCACUUCUCAGUCAGGGGAGUGAGCUGCUCGGGCCACUGGGAGCCCCUGGGGUGGCUGUCACUGCAGGGUGGCUCCUGCUGUGGAACUGCUCUGCACCUCAUCUGCUGGGGGAUGUACAGAGAGACCUCAGCUCUCACUGCCUUCCUCAGUGGGAGGAGGACACUCUGUGUCAGCUCUCAUGUUCUCAUCAGGGUCAGGCUCUGUGAGGUGCUGAGGUGAGGCUCUUCACCUGUUCUCUGGAUUUUUGUGAUAUUUUGGGCCUUCUCUCCCCAUGUGAAUUGAUCCUUCAGAGUAGUGGCAUGAUGGUGAUACCUGUGCAGUGGAUUUAAAUGGGUGUGUUUAAAUGCUUAAGAAAAUUAGCUGGUGCAUGAUUUCCCUUUUCCCCCUAACCAUGAGUUUUUUCCAGUCUGGACCAAAAUUCUUAAGAGUCACAAAAUCUCUGUGAGUACUUUCUCCGCCUCAGCUUUAUAUAACAAAAAAAUUUAGUCACUUUUACUUUCUUAAAGGUAGGUUUCAAAGUAUUUUUGUCUUAUUGGUGUGAUUUCUGUUGCUUUAAAGAGGAUAGAAAAAGAAGAUACAUUUGGGUCAUGGGAUUUGAAAUCUUGGUGUGUGUACCAAGAUUUUGUGUACACACACCAAAGAAGGGGUGUGCAUUUCAUUUCUCCCUUUUCUGUGGUGUUUGGGACCCAACCCCACAUUACCUGAAUAGAAAUCACGUGUUGCUCUCGUCUCCACUAAAUUUUGUCUUUAAAAUUCCCUGUGAGGAGACUGAGGAUGUUCUCAGGGUGCUGCAGGAACCCUGAUCCCUGUCAUGUAAAAUUGGCUUUGUGUGCUUGGGUGGCAUGAGCAUAAAACCACAAUUCUGAGCUGGGCUGUGAUGAUGGCAGCAGGUACCUUCACUGUGCACAUUCAGGUUUGUCACUGCAGUGUUACUGGUUAAUAUCACAGUUUACAAAAAAAUAAAAAAAGAAAAAAAAAAUUACGCACAAUCUCUAAACUGUGUGAGGCUGGGAGGUGCUGGAUGGAACUGGUGGUCCCCUCAUGGUCUGGUUUGUGCUUUAGGUUUUGUAAACUCCACAGUCUUGAGCAGCUGACUUUUCUUUCACAUGGAUGUAUCUGACCAAGGUAUAACACAGCUGAAAAAUUGUGCUUUGAGUAUUACUUUAAUCACAACAGUUUUCAGUGUAGAUACCUUCUCCCCACCAAACCCUUCCUGGUUCAUUUGAGGUCGUCCAGAAUUAUGAUUUAUAAUGUUCUCUGUUGUGAGUAUUUUGUUGUGUUACAAAAAAAAACAAAAAAGGAGAAAAUAUCUGCUGCCUUAGCUAGGCUGAUUUUUUUGUUUUGUUUUGUGGAAAGUAGUGGUAAUAUGGUUUUUUUCCUUUGUUUGAAACACUGAAUGUUUUGUAGGAAAUUUUUUUUUACUGUGUUUUCAAUAAAGGUAAAGUGUGAUUUA